AUGUCCUCCUUCGGCCAGUACUUUCGCGUGUCAACGUACGGCGAAUCGCAUGGCAAGAGCGUGGGCUGCAUCAUCGAUGGUUGUCCCCCGGGCCUGCAACUCACCGAAGAUGACAUCCAACCCCAGAUGACCCGCCGCCGUCCCGGUCAAUCCGCCCUCACCACCCCGCGCAACGAGAAAGAUCGGGUGGAGAUUCAGUCGGGCACCGAGUUCGGCGUGACCCUGGGCACACCCAUUGGCCUGAAGGUCAUGAACGAAGACCAACGUCCCAAAGACUACGGAGGCGGCGGCGCGAACAUUGACAACUUCCCGCGCCCCAGCCAUGCAGACUGGACCUAUCUGGAGAAGUACGGAGUCAAGGCAUCGAGUGGAGGCGGAAGGAGUAGUGCCCGGGAAACCAUCGGCCGAGUCGCCGCCGGCGCCGUGGCGGAGAAAUAUCUGCGCAUUGCCCACGGCGUCGAGAUUGUCGCCUUCACCAACUCCGUCGGACCGGAGCAGCUCUUUCCACCAACCAACACGCACCCGUCUCCAUCCUCGAACCCCGCCUUUCUGCAGAUGAUCGACAAAAUCACGCGGCAAGACGUCGACUCCUUUCUUCCUGUACGAUGCCCCGACACUGCCGCCUCCAAACGCAUGGAGAAUCUCAUAGCAGACUUCCGCGAUCGCCAAGACAGUAUCGGUGGCACAGUCACAUGUGUCAUCCGCAAUUGCCCGAGCGGGCUCGGCGAGCCAUGUUUCGACAAGCUUGAAGCGACGUUGGCGCACGCCAUGCUGAGCUUGCCCGCAACGAAAGGCUUCGAAAUCGGCUCGGGCUUUGGAGGCUGCAACAUGCCCGGCUCGAUCCACAACGACCCCUUCAUCAGAGCCCCCGCCGCCGUACCAUCCGAGGGUGCCGCAGAGCCUCCUCGCUCACGGCCACGACUCACGACCAAGACGAACAACAGUGGCGGCAUUCAAGGCGGCAUCACCAAUGGUGCGCACAUCUACUUUACCGUUGCCUUCAAGCCGCCGGCCACCAUCGGCCAGGCGCAGAGCACCACCACGUACGACGAGGAAGAGGGCGUGCUGGAAGCAAAGGGAAGACACGAUCCUUGUGUGAUUCCUCGAGCCGUUCCCAUCGUUGAAGCCAUGGCUGCCUUGGUGGUAAUGGAUGCGUUGUUGGCCCAGUCGGCAAGGCAGAGCGCUCGAGCUUUGCUCCCCGUGUUGAGAAACACCAUCCCGGUUUCCGAGACCAACAACGACCUCACGAACGGUGCUCGCUGA